CGUGCACUAACGCGGCGGUGUCACGUGAGAUAGGGCAGCCAAUAGCGUAGCGUUUCGUGUAGGAUUCGCUCUACAUUUGCGGCCGCCGUGUUCGGCUGCCCAGAUCAGGUGGAGAAGAGCGCGCGGAGGCACUUCGGAAAUGGCUACCACACAGUCUGUCUUCACAUUUGCUCUCUGCAUUUUAAUGAUAACCGAAUUAAUAUUGGCUAGAGAAAAUUACUAUGACAUUUUAGGAGUUCCAAAAAAUGCAUCUGACCGCCAGAUCAAGAGGGCAUUUCACAAACUGGCCAUGAAGUACCACCCAGACAAAAAUAAGAGUCCUACUGCAGAAGCAAAAUUUAGAGAAAUUGCAGAAGCAUAUGAAACAUUAUCGGAUGAGAAUAAACGAAAAGAAUAUGACCAAUUUGGCCAUGGUGGAGGACAAGGAAAUAAUGGAAGCCCGUUCCAACAGUCAUUUAAUUUCAACUUUGAUGACUUGUUCAAAGAUUUUGACUUGUUUGGUCAAAACCAAAACUCGCGGUCAAAGAAGCAUUUUGAAAAUCAUUUCCGGGGUCAUCGGGAGGCUCACAGUAGGCAAAGACGUUCUUUCCAAGAUUUCUCCUUUGGAGGUGGACUGUUUGAUGAUGUGUUUGAAGAUAUGGAAAAAAUGUUUUCUUUCAGUGGCUUUGACAAUACACACCAGCACACAGUACAAACUGAUAGCAGAUUCCAUGGAUCUAGCAAGCAUUGUAGGACUGUCACUCAGCGCCGAGGAAACAUGGUUACUACAUACACAGACUGUUCUGGACAAUAAUACUUUUUCUUCCAUUAUUUCUCUCCCGUUUUCUCACUUCGAUUUUCUUGUUUAGUGCUAAUAGGGAACAAAAACUCUUCUCUGAACUGUCUGAUAAACUAUUAAAGUAUUUAACGUAAUUGCAGUAAAGAAAUUCUAAUCUAAUUCUUGCAGCUAAAACAACAUGCAGCAAAGUGGGAGAUGAGUGCCUCAUCUGUCUAGAAAAGGGUGUGUAUGGGGAAACAAAUCCCAUAUAAAACAAGAUAAAUGUUUACCAAAUUGAAAUAUAUUUCAAUCUUUUAACAUAGGAGGAGGGUGUGGUUUUUGUUCAAUAUUCUUACCUUAAUAUGACUUUUAUUUACACCCCUGGUAGGAUGUUUGACUUACUGAUGCAUAUAUAGCCACAUGAAUUAAACUACUUAUUGUGAAGUGUUCUACUUACAACUUUUUUUUUUAAAUAUCCUUAUAGACUAGACUUGCAGUAUUCAGCUGCUGUAGACUACGUUGUGGGAACUAUGCAUAAUUCACACAAUACAGCAGUGGAAAUUUAGCUCAUCUGCAUUUUAACUUGCAUGAUCAGUUCUAGAAAUGUGAAUGUAGAACAUCUUUAAAACAGUGUAAGGAACCAUUGCCAGGAGUUUAGAAGCUUGUUCGCAUUUCCAAAUGGCCUUUUAUUGACCACAAGCCUGUAAAGACUUUAGCAUGAACAUAACUGCAUAUGUGAGUUGUCUGACUCCAGCGGGACUAGUUAUGUGUGUAAAGUUGUGUACGUGUUUAAGUCUUUGUAGGUUCCAGGACACUAUCUAAAAACUAAAUAUGAGAACCUGUAUUAUUGCAGUACAUACUUACUAUUUAGUUAUGUCCCCCUGGAAAAUGGGGUAGUGAAAGUUUAUUUUAUCCUCAAAAUUAUUACUUUUUAAAUUCUCCUCAUGAUGUUAUAGUGAACUUAAACUAAGUAAAAUUAGAUCCCUAUGCUUGAUGUGACUUGUAGGUUAAACAAGUACAUUUUUGUAGUAAAGCCGCAAACUCCAUCUCAGACUUCUUCAUAUAAAAGAAUUUAUUGGCCCAGCUUCACAACUUGAAAGGUAAACUCUCUUCUCCAAGUGAAUAAACAGCAAAAUUGAAAGUUAAACUUCUUGUGGUAUUUGUUUUGGUUACAUUUGGCAAUUGAGUCUGCUGUAGUGGUGGCAUCAUACUAAAGUUGUCAUUUGCUAUACAGCCAGCAAUGAAGUCCAUAAGCCAAUAUGAACUGGAAGAAAAACCCUCCAUAUCCAAAUGUCACCCUAAUAGAUCUCUACAUCAGUCCUUGAAGAUUUUCUUUGAAUAUUAAUAUGACUGGCUGGACUUCCAUGUAGUCACUGUAUCAAACUGCAUCUCUUCAGUAAAAUGGCUGCCACCCACAGUUAAACUCAUUUUUAGAAUUACAUUUCACUUACUUUAUGUGAAAACUUACCUUUCGCGUUGAUUGAGUGAGCAAAUCGAGUGCAGGCUUCUGUAAGUUGCCAUGUCCUAAAUAAGCUUCAUUUUUUUAAAAAGCCCUAGACUAAUUUAUUAUAAGGAAGAAACUUUGCCCUUCAGCUCUCAUUUAAUAAUCCUCCAUUACAUCCUCACUCAUCAUGCUAAACUUCCCAUGACUGUCAAUAUUGUCUUGUUAAAUUUCACUCACCUAGAAGCCUAGAAAGGAUUUUUGUGUUAAGUGCUUUCUUUCUUUUUGUCUACUUUAUUUAUAAAUUGACUAAUACCUCAUAUUCUGUCUUCAUAAAAAGCCAGUAAUUUGUGAAACCUUUAUCAAAAUGUGCAAUAUUCUUAUGGUAGAGAGAAAUGUGCUUUUGUUUUUUGUGCAAGUAGAUUUUAAUUCUUGUGUACUUUAAUGUAAAUUUCUGCACUUUUUCCAUAACAUACUCUAUAUGGAUUUAAGCAAAAAUAGCACCUGUCCAUACAACAGGGGUAUGUAAGUAAACAAAUAUUUACAACUUGAAUGCACUCUUGUAAACUAUUUUGUCCAAUGGCAUCAAGAUUACAAACAUCUUAGUACUGUUUGGGAAAAGCCUCCUUUUUCCCUUGGAGAAAAAUUGUACACACUAAAUGUUGGCAUAAAAAGUG